CCCAUUCCGCAGCUUCCCGACCUUCUUCGUCGUCGGCGGCGGCAGCAGCCUCCUUAUUCAGAAUCAAGCAGACAAACGGAACCCCAGAUUCAAUGGCGAUCCACCUUGUUUAUGCUCGCAAAUAUGUCCUAUUUUCAGUCCUCGCUAUUCUUCUGCUACACCUAACUUCGGCUGUGGGAAAGCCAAGAGAUCAAACUGUGAAAGUGAUUUGCGGGAAAGAACUAGAGCACAACACCACGGCGUACGUUCCAAAUUUUUUUGGUUCAAUGGAAAAAGUAAGACAACAAAUCACAACUUCGGGAUUUGGAACGGCGGGUACAGGAAUAGGACCUGAUGCCAGCUAUGGGCUUGCCCAAUGCCAUGAAGAUCUCUCAUCCCACGAAUGUGUGCUGUGUCAUUCUCAAGCACGUACGGUGCUUCCCCAGUGCUUCCCUUUCAACGGUGGCCGUGCAUUCAUCGAUGGCUGCUUCUUGAGGUUCGAAAACUAUAGCUUUUUUGACGAAUACAAAGGACCCGAAGACACUGCAGUUUGCGGGAACCUGACCCAAAAUGACCCCAACUAUAGAGGAGCAGCCAGGGAUGCGGUGAUGCAAGUAGUCAACGGUGCACCAGGCAACAAAGGCUUUGCAAAAGCUCAAGUGGCUGUGCCCGGGAUGGCGAAGGAGUCUGCCGUGUAUGCUCUGGGUCAGUGCUGGAGAAGUUUGAGCCACAGCUCUUGCAGCUCGUGUUUGAAAAUUGCUUCUGCCUCGAUGCUGCAGCAGUGUUUACCUCGAUUGGAAGGGCGAGCGUUGUACACAGGCUGCUUCAUGAGGUACUCAAACACAGACUUUCUGAAUAAGGACAUCAAAGAUAGUUCCAAAGGUGGGACAAUAACUGCGGGGAUCAUCAUUUCAAUUUUGAGUUCUGUUGUUGUUAUGAUAAUCGUAGCGGUGAUCGGUACUUUUAUCUGGAGGCGCAGAUACAUUCAAAAAAAAAGGAAAGGAGGUUCAGCUGAUGUGAAGAAGUUAGCGAAAACUCUUCAAGAUAGUAAUUUGAACUUCAAGUACUCAACCCUUGAAAAAGCAACCAACAAUUUCAGCCUCGAUAACAAGAUUGGACAAGGGGGGUUUGGCUCUGUUUAUAAGGGAACUCUACCUGAUGGAAGAGAGAUUGCUGUCAAGAGAUUCUUCUUUGAUAGCAGACAUAGAGCAGCAGAUUUCUUCAAUGAAGUCAACAUGAUCAGCAGUGUCGAACAUAAAAAUCUGGUUAGGUUGCUUGGAUGCAGUUGUUCUGGACCUGAAAGCCUACUUGUUUAUGAAUUCCUGCCAAACAAGAGUCUCGAUCGCUUCAUUUUUGGUGCCAAUAACAGCAAAGCUCUUGAUUGGGAUAAGAGAUAUAACAUCAUCAUUGGCACGGUUGAAGGUUUAAUAUAUCUACAUGAAAAUCCAGAGAACAAAAUCAUACACAGAGAUAUAAAGGCCAGUAAUAUCUUGCUCGAUCUAAAGCUUCAAGCAAAAAUAGCAGAUUUUGGAUUAGCAAGGUCUUUCCAAGAGAACAAGAGUCACAUUAGCACCGCCAUUGCAGGAACUCUAGGAUAUAUGCCUCCCGAGUAUCUAGCUUAUGGUCAGCUAACAGAAAAGGUCGACGUCUAUAGCUUUGGAGUGCUUUUGUUAGAAAUAGUUACAGGAUUCCAAUACAGUGGCAUCCAAGUCUCGGGAAAUAUUGAAAGUCUUGUCACUGCUAUGUGGAGACAUUUCCAAGCAGGCACGGUUGAGAGGCUAUUUGAUUCAAAUCUAAAUCUUCGGAAUCACUACAACAAAAAAGUAAAGGACGAGGUAUUGAGAGUGGUGCACAUAGGGCUCUUAUGCAUUCAGGAGGUUCCAUCUCUUCGACCAACAAUGUCGAAGGUACUACGAAUGCUGACCAUGGAGGAGGAAGAGCACCUUCCUCCACCCACCAAACCGCCUUUCAUGGAUGAGAUGACCAUGGAACUUGAUGGCUCAUGCAAGGACUCGCAAUAUUGUUCUAUUACAGAGGGCUCUUAUUCAACUGCCACAUUCAGCCAUAGUUCUUUUCAUCCAAGAUAACCACCAUGAGCUUAGGAACCCUUCCACCUUUCUCACCUAAAGCCCCCAACACAAAAAGAUCCCCAAGAAUGGGAACUGGCUUGCAUUCCUCGUGUCAUGGUGUCUCUUAUGCACCAUAAAGACCAAAUGUUCCAAAAGGCCAGUUGAGCAGAAUAUUAACACAUGAUUUGAUUUUGGGUUCUUCAAGACAUUAGCUUCUCAAAACUCCAUUAUGUAUACAUCAACCUGAUCAAGCUUCAAUGUUCAUUACCAAGAGUGGUAAAAAUAGGCUUUGUACUCUACCGAAAGUGUAUAAUUCAAAAUCUUCAUUGUAUCAAAUCAGGAACGUGGUAGAGUUAUGAUGUCCUUAAUAAUACCACAGUGAUAAAAGGAUUAGAAU